CGGACAGCCGUGGCGAAAGAGAAAAAUGGCGGAGGCUUCGGCGGCCGGGGCCGGCGCGGGCUCUGCGGUUGCCGCGCACCGGUUUUUCUGCCACUUUUGCAAGGGCGAGGUCAGCCCCAAACUACCGGAAUAUACUUGUCCCAGAUGUGAAUCAGGUUUUAUUGAAGAAGUGACAGAUGAUUCCAGUUUUUUAGGUGGUGGCAGCAGCACAUCAACACAGUUUGCCGAGUUCUGGGACCGUUUGGACCCCACGAUGUUUUUCCAAGAUUUUAGACCCUUUCUAAGUAGCAGUCUACUGGACCAAGAUAACAGAGCCAAUGAGAGGAGUCACCAAACUCACACUGACUUCUGGGGACCAAGUCGGCCUCCACGGCUGUCAGUGACUCAGAGAUACAGAUCUCGAGGAAGUACUCGUCCAGAGAGAUCCCCAGCUUUUGAAAGAGUACUACAACAGAUCAUUGCAGGAUUCAUUCCUGGAUCCCCAUUUUCUUGGAGCGGGAUGCUGCACUCCAACCCUGGGGACUAUGCCUGGGGUCAGACAGGGCUUGAUGCCAUUGUAACCCAGCUUUUAGGACAACUGGAAAAUACAGGGCCUCCCCCAGCUGACAAGGAAAAGAUCACAUCUCUUCCAACAGUGACAGUAACUCAGGAACAAGUUGAUAAGGGCUUAGAGUGUCCAGUAUGCAAAGAGGAUUACACAGUCGAGGAGGAAGUCCGGCAGUUACCCUGCAACCACUACUUUCACAGCAGUUGUAUUGUGCCGUGGUUAGAACUCCAUGACGCAUGUCCUGUAUGUAGGAAGAGCUUAAAUGGUGAGGACUCUACUCAGCAAACACAGAGAUCCGGGGCUUCUGCAAGCAACAGAUUUAGCAGUGACAGCCAGCUACAUGACCGAUGGACUUUCUGAAACUAAAGACCACGUCUGAGCCAGGGCUAUGGUAGACCUCCUAUCACAGCUAUUAAUUGUAUCAAUGCAAAAAAAAUAGUAGGUGGAUUUAGGAAUCACUUAAGAAACCCCAACUUAUAAUAUUAAUUCACUGAGUGUUUUUCUUUAAAUUUAAAGUUAGUGUCUACAGAUGGAAUUAUAUCUAGAACCAAAUGCCUCUUAUUCCUGAAUUCAGAGUGAUAAAAUUUUGUAAGUGUGAAACUUAAUUAUGUGGGUUUCCCUUGCCAGAAUAGAAUUGGUUAAUUAUGUGGGUUUCCCCUGCCAGAAUAGAAUUGGUUCCUUAAAGUCUACCUAGGGUCCUGCUGUCUGUCAUGUUACCUUGUGACAGUUGUUUUCACCUCUUUCUUCAACCUCCACCAUCGUUAGUGUACUUUAUAGUAAAUACAGUGGAACCAGAGCCGUAAAGUCCUGCUGAUAAAGUGCUUCUGUUUUAAUUGUACAGAAGCAUCUACUCUUGGCCACGUUAGCCAUGGAGUGAGGUCAUAUUAAAUCAGGAAUCUGAGACUAAUGAUUUUUUUUUUUCCUUAAAUCUUUAGAGAGCAAAUCAAAACAAAGUUACAGUGGGAAGGCUUCUAAUUGUACUCUUUGGUUUUCUCAUUUUUAUUUUUAAAGACUACUUCGUAAGAUGCAGCUUCUGCAGAAACCAACAUGACAAAUGACAUAUCUUAAAGAGUCUUACAUUGGUAGGAAUCUGAUUGUGGUUCCUUUUUGGGAAUAAGUUGGGCAGGAUAAAGGCACAAAAGACAGAUGUUUGAAAUCUCUGGUUCUAAGGUUUUUUAGUGAGUCUCAGCUCAUUGUUUAUCCUGGGGACCUUAAAGUAAUUUCCCUCACAGAAAUAGGAUUAUUUUAUUACUGCUUUUACAGCUGAUUCAUGUUUUUUUUAAUAAUUCAUUGGUCUUCAGGAAUUGAGACUUUAUGUUGUUUCAUUUUAAUUUUUAAAGUUCAUUUAUCAUCUCUGAAACCUUUUUGUUUGCUUCGUUCUGGUUAUACUUGGAGUGAUAUUGAUUUUUGUGAUCGUGCUGAAACAACUUGGCCUAGGAGAGAUAGGCCUUCUUUUUUCAGCCUGUGUCCCAUGUACAUGCAGAUGCUCUUUGGUGCAUUUAAGUGUUUAAAGUUGAAUAAAUGGAGAAGCUUAA